UCCCCUCCGCGUCCAGGGGCUCGCGAUCUCCGGCGCUCCGCCCGCCUCGAGGCAGCUCAGCUUGGUGGCCCUCGCGGAGGACUGACGAUCGCGGAUCGCCGCGGCCCGAACGCGGCGGGGAAGGAGGGCGUCCGCCGGGCAGCGCGGCUGACAUCUGCGGUCACGGGGUCGGCCUCCCGCGCGGAGAGCGGCCCCGUGCGUCCCUCCGUGAGUCGAUCGGUGGGUCCGUGCAGCCGGCUCAAAGCCCUGGGCUCCCGGCACCAAAUGGGAGGCUACACCAGACCGAUGGCGGCGGUGGCGGCCCUGUCGGGCCCGGGGGUGAGGCUGUCGCCCUCGGCGGCGGCCCGCGGCUCGUACGGCGCCUUCUGCAAGGGGCUCACGCGCACCCUCAUCACCUUCUUCGACCUGGCCUGGCGGCUGCGUACGAACUUCCCCUACUUCUACGUGGUGGCCUCGGUGAUUCUCAACGUCCGCCUGCAGGUACAUAUUUAGAGCAACUUUGUGGCAUUCGGGGUGGGGGGCCCGGCGGGAUGGCCGGCUUCCACCCACCGGCUCGCCAGCCCUAGAGCAAAGCGGCCAGUUCGACUCUCCCGCACGCAGACUUGCCGGUCUGCCUUUCCACUGCCUUAUCUUUUAAUGUAAAUGGGCGGCUAGAAAUCAUCGUUUGCCCCAAGCCCACAGUACAACCAGGAAAGCCUAAGAUAGAAUGAAAAGGUGAUUCUCUAGGAAAUAGAUAAUUCAAGGAACAAGGAAAGAACUGUAAACUCGGAAAAUCCUCACAAAUACUUGAGAGGCUCUUGCAUCCAUAAAAACACAAAACAGCCCAAACGGUAGGAAAUGACCAUGGUCACAGGAUGCCCGAAGGGGGAAAACAAGAGGAAAGGUUGCUAAGAACUUAAAGGUAAACUAACCGUACCAUAGUGGUGCAACUAGGAGGCAAAUCUUCCAAACGAGAAAAAGGGGUGAACAGACUUUCAACGCAAGGGAAUGAAUUCUGAGCAAUAGAUGGG